CUGCCGGGUUGUCAAUGCAUAUCGGUUGGCGACCCUCGUUCCGCUCUCGGGGGCCUGCCCGCGUCCCUUUCCUGCACGCCCGGGCCGGGUCUUGGAUAUGGACCUUCUUCAGUUCCUGGCCUUCCUCUUUGCCCUGGCACUGUCUGGGAUGGGAGCCACAGGGACCCUGAGGACUUCCCUGCACCCAAGCCUGGAGAUCUACAAGAAGAUGUUUGAGGUGAAACGCCGGGAGCAGCUGCUGGCACUGAAGAACCUGGCACAGCUGAAUGACGUCCACCAGCAGUACAAGAUCCUCGACGUCAUGCUCAAGGGGCUCUUUAAGGUGCUGGAGGACUCCAGGACAAUGCUCAUUGCUGCCGACGUGCUCCCGGAUGGACCCUUCCCCCAGGACGAGAAGCUGAAGGAUGCCUUUUCGCAUGUGGUGGAGAACACGGCCUUCUUCGGUGACGUGGUGCUGCGCUUCCCCAGGAUCGUGCACCACUACUUCGACCGCAACUCCAACUGGAACCUGCUCAUUCGCUGGGGCAUCAGCUUCUGCAACCAGACGGGCGUCUUCGACCAGGGGCCCCACUCACCCAUCCUUGGCCUGAUGGCGCAGGAGCUGGGGAUCAGUGAGAAAGACUCCGACUUCCAGAACCCGUUUAAAGUAGAUCGCACAGAGUUCAUUCCCAGCACCAACCCUUUCCAGAAGGCUCUGAGAGAAGAGGAAAAACGCCGGAAGAAAGAGGAGAAGCGAAAAGAGAUCCGAAAAGGCCCUCGGAUCUCGAGAUCCCAGUCUGAGUUAUAGCCCCGGAGCAGCUCAGGGUCCGAGGGGCCAGGAGGAGGUCACGUGGGAGGAAGAGGCAGCAGCGGUGUGGCCGAGGUGCAGCGGCAGCGACUGUGUGGUGAGAGCGGCUCGUGAGAUGGGAAGGCCACAUCUGCUCGGCCCCUGGGGAGCCAGAUCUGAGCCUGGCUGAUGGGGCUGAACUUUCUCCUGGGGCCUCCCUGGAAGGGUGCCACGGGGGCCUUCAGAGGCUGCUGUGCUGCAGAUGUGACCUUAUAGAGACUGCUAGGGGAGAAGAGAGGACCCCACUGCGCCCUCCUGUUGGGGUGGAGACCCUUGUGGGGGCAGCAGAACCAGGCUGUGCGGUGAGAAGGUGGCAUGCCUACUGCUGGCCCCACCCACUGUCACUGAGCGCCACCGGCACAGGUCCCAGCCCCACUGCAGAGACAAUAAAAGCCAGCAAAUCGAUGACUGAGGCUGGCCUGGGCCUGGGCCACUGCGAGCCGCCCAGUGGGCAAUGGUGAGGGGCCUGGAGCGAGGGGCCCCAGGGACAUAGAAAGCAGCAAAGAGAACGCCCCUGUCUCAUCUGGAGGAGCCCAGGCCCUGCUGGUCCCUUGUCAGCACUGCACUUGGCGAAGGUCAGUGUUGGAAAGUGUCCUGGGAGGGUAUCAGCCCAAGGAGACCUUGGAGCAACAUGGCCUCUGUCCUCAGAGGCCUGAGGACGGUGGUUGAGCAGGGCCAGCUUGUCCUCUCGGGCAGCACUGAAACCCUAAGCCUGCAGCUGGGGGCCACAGGGGGACCGGCCCCAGCUCUGCAGGGGCUGUGCAUCUCACUGCCUUGAGCUUGGUCAGAUAGUGAGCUCGUAGCCUCAGGAGGCGUGAAGCAGAGACCUGUGGCCGCAGGGCAGGGCAGCUUCAUGCUUUCUGUGCCUUCCAGGCAGAGGAGGGAAAGGCCCUGGUGGGAACUCUCCCUCUGCCCCUCUGGCCUGGC